CUUCUAGUGGAAGCGAUGGUUUAUUCAUGUGCAGUCUUCUGCAUAGAUUUUUUUGGGGGAUAUCCUUGGUUCACAAUGAAAGUCUUCGUACUCGCCUGCCUUGUGGCCGCUGCGGUCGCCACCCCGACCCUCAACGAGUGGCAACAGUUCAAGGCACGGUAUGGGAAGCAGUACCGCAGCACCAAGGAGGAGUCCUACCGCCAGUCCGUGUAUGAACAGAACCAAGAGUUCAUCAACAGCCACAACGAGCAGUAUGAGAACGGCCUCGUCUCCUUCACCCUCGCGAUGAACCAGUUCGGUGACAUGACCACCGAGGAGAUCAACGCUGCUAUGAACGGCCUCCUGUCUGCCGGGAAGAAGGUGCCGAGGGGGACCAUGUACCAACCCCUCGUUGACGAACUGCCCGACACCGUAGACUGGCGCGACAAGGGCGCCGUCACUCCUGUCAAGGACCAGAAGGCGUGUGGCUCCUGCUGGGCAUUUUCUGCGACUGGCUCCCUGGAGGGCCAGCACUUCCUCAGCACCGGCAAGCUGGUGAGCCUCUCGGAGCAGAACCUCGUGGAUUGCUCUGAUAAGUACGGCAACUUCGGCUGCGGCGGCGGCCUCAUGGACAAUGCCUUCCGGUACAUCAAGGACAACAACGGCAUCGACACUGAGGAAUCCUACCCCUAUGAGGCCAAGAACGGUCCUUGCCGCUUCAACUCUGACAACGUCGGCGCCACCCUCAGCAGCUACGUUGACAUCCAACACGGCAGUGAAGAUGACCUCCAGAAGGCCGUGGCUGAGAAGGGCCCCGUCUCCGUGGCCAUCGAUGCCUCGACGUCCACCUUCCACUUCUACAGCAGAGGAAUCUACUACGAUGAGAAAUGUUCGUCCUCGUUCCUGGAUCACGGGGUGCUGGCGGUGGGCUACGGCACAGACGACUCGUCCGACUACUGGCUGGUGAAGAACUCUUGGAACGAGACGUGGGGCGACAGUGGCUACAUCAAGAUGUCCCGCAACAGGAACAACAACUGCGGCAUCGCGUCCCAGGCGUCCUACCCCGUCGUCUAAGAGCUCCGCCUCUUCGAGCUCUCUCCUCUAUGGCCUCGUCUUGGCUGGAGGGUUAUAAUACGCAUCAGUUUUCACGUGUUGCUAAAAAAGAAAAAAAAAUAAUAGCAUCUAAUGUUGGCGUAUUUGAGGGCUUAUGUUAUUCUUUGCAGGAGAUCCUGACUCUUUCGUACAAAAUAAUGAGGAGCCCUAUAUGUACCUGGUACGAUUAGAGUAGUGUACCUAGAUAAUUAAAAUGAUAUAAAAGAUAAAUGUAAUCUUCAA